AUGGGAGUAAUGAUGGAGAAAAGAACGAUGAUGAUAAUGAUGCUUGUGAUGGUGGCGAUACUGACGUGGCAGAAGGAAUGCCAUGGAUGGGGAGCAAUAGAAGCAGAGGAUCUGGAUACAAGUGAAGCAGAGAAUGUUAAAAACGCUGCCCAGACCGCUAAAAAUGUGGCGGCCGAGACCGCUCAUGACGCCAAGGACAAAUCCGCGUCUUGGGCUGGUUGGGUUUCUGAUAAAAUCUCUACAGGAUUGGGAAACAAGAAAGAUGAAGCAGAAGAAGCGGCGGAACCGGCCAAGAACUACGCUUACAACAAGGCUGGAUCAGCCUAUGACAAUGCAGGUUACGCCAAGGACUUUGCAUCUGACAAGGCUGGAUCUGCUUACGACUCUGCUCAAAACGCAAAACAUUAUACCUAUGAUAAGGCCGGUGAUGCAAAGGACAUGGCCUUUGACAAGGCACGUCAAGCCAAAGAUAUGGCUUACGACAAGGCUGGUCAAGCCAAGGACAUGGCUUACGACAAAGCGGGAUCAGCGUACGACAAGGCAGGUGAAGCCAAAGAUAUGGCCUAUGACAAGGCUGGUCAAGCCAAAGAUUUGGCUUAUGACAAGGCUGGUCAAGCCAAAGAUUUGGCUUACGACAAGGCAGGAUCAGCCAAAGAUAUGGCCUAUGACAAGGCUGGUCAAGCCAAGGAUAUGGCUUAUGACAAAGCCGGAUCAGCCUAUGAUAAGGCUGGCCAAGCCAAAGAUAUGGCUUACGACAAGGCCGGCCAAGCCAAGGACAUGGCUUAUGACAAAGCCGGAUCAGCUUACGACAAGGCAGGAUCAGCCAAAGAUAUGGCCUACGACAAGGCAGGUCAAGCUAAGGAUAUGGCAUAUGACAAGGCUGGUCAAGCUAAGGAUAUGGCUUACGACAAGGCAGGAUCAGCCUACGAGAAGGCCGGUCAAGCAAAGGACGCUGUGAAUGAAAAAGCAGAUGAUGUGAUUAGGAUGGCCACGGAUAAGGGAGAGGAAGCUAAAGAAAUGGCUUAUGGAACGUACGAAAAAGCUAAAGAAGGGUCCAAGAAGGCGAAGGACAUGGCGUCGGAUAAAGCUGAGAAUGUUAGAGAAACCGCAGGGCGAGCGAUGGACUAUGGUAAAGAGAAAGCAGCGGACUCAUACGGAUCAGGGAGUGAAGCAGCCGGAAAAUUCGAGGAGGCACUGUAUAAGGUUGGGGAGAGGUAUGGUGCAGCCAAGGAGUCAAUGUCGGAGAAAGCAAAAGAAGCUUAUGAGAGUGCAAAGGAGAAGGCUUCGGAUGCUGCUGGAGAGUACGGUGCAUAUAUGAGAGACCGUAAUGCUGAGCUUUAG